AUGCCAAAAGAGAAAGCAAAGCAGGCACCUGAGUCCAAAGAGGAAAGGCAGUUGCUAGCGACAGAAGUGUCAACGUACCAUUCGGUCUUGCUAUUUGCGCCAACGGAAGGUCCAGUGCAGAAUGUCAGUAAGGAGGAAGUGAGAAAGGCAAUUAAGAGCAUGAAGUUAGGAAAAGCUGCGGGUUGCUCAGGAGUAACUAUUGAGUUGAUCAAGACAUUGGAUGAAGAGGGUGUUGAAAUUAUUCAUUCCAUUCUGGAAAUAAAACAACUGCAAAAGAAAUAUUGGGAGGGGAAGAAAGACCUGUUUUUCUGUUUUGUCGACCUGGAAAAAGCUUAUUCCUGGAUUCCAAGAGAGCUGGUGUAUUGGUGCUUGAGAAAUGUACCGGAGAAACUGAUCAGGCUGUUGAAGGCAAUAUACUACAGUGCUAGGACAGUAGUGAGAACACCAUAUGGGGAAACGGAAGAGUUCAACAUCGAUAUCGGCUUACAUCAAGGAUCUGCACUAAGUCCGUUCCUGUUUGUUAGUGUGCUGGACGUGAUCAGCGAGCUGUGGAGAACCGGAGUGCCGUGGGAAAUUCUGUUUGCUGAUGAUUUGAUGCUAAUGGCAGAAAGUGAAGAGGAGCUUCAAGAGAAAUGGGAGGCCAAACACGAAGGCAUACCGAAGAAAGGAUUGAAAGUCUACAGUAGAAAUAAAAUAAAAGAGUCAACAUCACGGACAACUGAAACAACACAGUUCUGA